AUGCUCGUCGUGGAGAACGAACAGAGAAGCCUCACCCCUGCGAGUGGAAGAAAAAGGGCACUCAGUGAACUCUCGGAACAGACGAGCGCACACGGGGCUGGGGAGGCCCCCGACGACCUCCUGCUCUUCGCGCUACACAGUGCAGAAACGGACCUCUCGCCGCCUGCCGUCACCGUUUCCAAGAGUUCCAGUGAUAUGAAGGCCGGGUUUGUGGCGAGCGUUGCCCGCGGAACCCUCGACGGCUUCGUGAAAGCGAGAGCGACCUCAGGUGCUGCAGCGGCACAGGUGCUUCCCGUGCCGCGGCCUGCGGGCUACGCGCUUGCUGCGACCGCGACGGCUCUCGAACCGAGUUUGCCGUCGUGCUGGCGACAAGCUUUAGCUGCACACUUUCAAAGCAAGUCGUGGGCGUCGCUCAACGAAUUCCUACAGAAGGAGAUUGCCCAGGGCAAACGGAUAUUCCCUCCACAGAACUUGGUUUUCCAUGCGUUUCAGCGGUGUCCCCUCGAGAAGGUGAAAGUGGUGAUCAUCGGCCAAGACCCGUACCAUAACGUAGGCCAGGCGCACGGACUGUGCUUUAGUGUACCUCGGGGUGUUGUGCCGCCACCGUCUCUUCUCAACAUUUACGGUGAACUCGCACGUGAGUUCCCUGAAAGUGAUCCGGAACCCUUCCGACCGCCAAACCACGGCUGUCUCGAGGCCUGGGCAGACCAGGGUGUGCUCCUACUCAACGCUGUGCUCACUGUUGAAGCGCACAAGCCGGGCAGCCAUGCUAAGCAUGGGGGUUGGCAAAAGUUCACGGAUGAAGUCAUCCGCGUUCUCGAUCAGCAGAAGCUCGCCGGCACGCGUGGACUCGUCUUUAUGCUCUGGGGCAAUUUCGCGAAGGAGAAGUGUUCGCGGGUGAAUGCAAACCGUCAUCUGGUUCUGCAGGCUGCACAUCCGAGCCCUAUGGCUGCCGCUCGAGGAGGCUGGUUUGGAUGCAAUCACUUCCGCAAGGCGAACGAGUACCUCCAGUCACUUGGCCUCGAACCGAUUCGUUGGCACGCUAUCGCUGACCGCUAG